AUAAAAAAAUCUAAAAAAAAAAAAUCAAAGAUGCCACCAUGGAGCAUGCAAACCUGCCGCCGCCCGCAGCUGCCACCACCGUGCCCGACGCGCAGAAAAGGGAAGGAAAAAGAAAAUGGAUGCUUCUGGAAUCCAUUGUCCCCCGGCGCCGUUGGCUCUUCCCCUCAACAUAUCGUCUCGACGCUCCGUUGCAUCAGGAACGGCCUUCUCCUCGCCGCCUCGGCGAACAAAACUGAUGGCGGAGACGAGCAAGGUAGAUAAGAAGCCUGAAAUCUGCACCGCCGACGAGCUGCACCGCAUCGACGCUUACAAUUCGGACUGGAAACUCGCUCUCUGGCGCUACCUUCACUCUCCUUCCACCAUGGUAAUGCCAAGUCGCUCUGAAAUUCAUUCCUGAAAUUUCUAACUAUUCGUCAACUCCAACUAUUUAAAUGCAGACAAGGAAACAUCCGCUGUUUCUGUUGUCCGGAGUUGCAACCAAUGCCGUCGGGUACGAUCUCUGUCCGAAGUCCUCAUUUGCUCGUUUCAUGUCCGGCCAAGGAUUCGACACUUGGGUUCUGGAACUUCGAGGAUCUGGUUUGAGUACAUUUCGAGUGGGCAUUGGGGAAGAUUCAGAUGCCUCUUUGGGGGAAAGUAAAGGCAGGUUGGAACAAAGGCCCUCUGAAUCGUUCAUGAACGGGGCUGACAGAUUGUCGAGCUUCUUUGACGACGGGGUAAGCUCCCAGAUUGGCAGCCAAAUAAGGAACUUAAGCCAAAAGCUUCUAGAUGUUAUAGAAGGAAGUCAGCAAUUUGUUUCUCCCAAUGUCGGUCUGUUCCAAGGUCUUUUCCCUUCCGAGUUAGAAGAUGUUAUUAAACAACUAGACAUGGUUUCCAAGUAUGAUUGGGACCUUGACCAUCAUCUGGAAGAGGAUUUGCCAUCCGCGGUGGAGUAUAUCAGGACUCAAAGCAAACCAAAUGACGGACAGAUUUUUGCAAUUGGGCACUCCAUGGGAGGGAUUCUUCUUUAUGCAAUGCUAUCACGCUCUUGUUCUCAAGGUAGAGAUUCUGGACUGACUUCGAUUGUCACUUUGGGGUCAACACUUGAUUACACACCUUCAAACUCAUCACUCAAAUUUCUCCUCCCAGUGGCAGACCCUGCGAGGGCUCUCAACAUUCCUGCUAUUCCUGUUGGGACACUGAUUGCUGCUGCUUAUCACUUCUCAUCUAGUCCUCCAUAUGUCCUUUCAUGGUUAAAGGCUCAAGUUACUGCUCAGGGCAUGCUUCACCCUCAGGCACUGACAAAGCUUGUUUCCAACAGCUUUUGCACAGUGCCUGCGAAACUCUUACUUCAGCUGACAACAGCAUUCCAACAGGGUGGGCUAACAGAUAGAAGUGGGAACUUUCUGUACAAGCAACACCUUAAAAAGAGUAAGGUUCCCGUGUUGGCAAUCGCUGGAGAUCAAGAUUUUAUUUGUCCUCCAACAGCUGUUUAUGAGACAGUGAAGUCUAUACCUGAGCAUUUGGUUAUGUAUAAAGUUUUUGGGGAACCUGGGGGUCCUCACUACGGGCACUAUGAUCUGGUGGGAGGUCGUUGGGCCUAUCACGAAGUGUAUCCGUGCAUAAUCGAUUUUCUGAGUCGCCACGAUGUAUGAGUGCAGAUUUCCAGAUACAAAAUUUGUCAGUGGUUCUGGCUGACUGGUAUCCCCUAUACAUACAUACAUAAAUAGAAGGAUGAAAGUUGGGAGAUGUUGCUAGAAGAGCCAGGUGUAAUUAGUUGGUCAGGACUUGGGGUUAAUAGAGAGAGAACUAAUAAAAUGUUUGUUGUAUAGCCUAGUUUUAGUAGCAGAUAUAUGACACAGACAGAACCUGAGUUUGGCAUAAUGGGGGAGACGUCGAUCUGUCACCUGCUGCCAGGUUCAUAUAAUUGAGCAGUAAAUAACAAUAUAAGAUCAUCGUUUCGCUGGUAGCGGAAAUAUGUAAUUGUAUUAUUUUAGUAUUAGGGUGGUCAUGGUAUAAUCAAUUUAGUAGAGAUAUAGUGUUAGGGGUGGAACAAGUUUGAAAAGUGGUUGGGACUUGGGAGGAUAAAUUACAUGUAGAGAGAGUUGUCAAAAAA